AAUCAAGGAGCCCACUGAAGGUGGGAGUCCUAAAAGGAAGUCUGGCAAUUGCUUAGUCCUCAACCCUUGGCACCCCAAACAACCCACUCUGUUGGGCACUUACCUUCCCCUUCACCCAAAACCCACUCAGUAUGUUCUUUCCCUAGGUCUUUUACUCUCCAAACUUCACACAAAAGAUUUAUUGCGAGGGAAGAGCGCAGGAAGGUGACUGCCUUGCUGAACGAUAAACAGCAGAAAAAUGAGUGGAAGACAAGGUUUAUUUACAUGAAAUUUCCAGGGGUGGGGGGAUUCUCCAGGAUGGCCCAGGAUUACAUGGGCUAAUCUAGGGACAAGCUCAGGGAUUGGUGCGUUUUUUUUUUCUGUAGGGCGGGGCCUGGCCAUUCUCCUGCCUUAGCAGCUGAGAACUGUUAUAGCUGUUAAGGAAUGUCAGUUAUGCCCUUUAGAGAGUGGGAGAGUGGUAGUGUGGUCAAAACUUAUGUGUAUUAUAAGGAGGAUGAGUAGCUGGGGAGGGAAGGGCCAGGAUGCUAGGAGGCGCUUUGCAAUGUAUAACUGGUAUUUAUGAUCCUGAGGGAGCCUGGAGGCCUGCAUGGAUUUUGGAUGUUUUUAAGCACCACAAACAGCCUUAUGUCCCUUCUGCCAGAGUAAGAAAGAAGGUUUGUAAAAAAACAAAAUCUAGAAGCCUGGGAAACCAGAAGAGACUGCUCCCUGCACACACAUUUCGGACGCCAGAGGAAAAAGCCAAAGACCAUCUGGAACCCUGGUGCACUGAAGCUCCCGGAAGGGGAGGCACAGGUCUUCCUGGUUGCUGCCGCUGCAGAGAGCCCCUGGGCAGCACCCCACGAGCGAACCUGAGCCUCGGGACCACAGUUCUGGUAGGAAGGUUGAGGAUACAAAAUAAAAACCUUAUGAUGAAAAAUCUUAUGAAGCCUUCUAGAACUCAUACCAGGAAGCUUGAAACAGAUAUGGAGAGCUAUCAAGAUCCAGUGUUGAUCAUAAGGGUGUCAGCUUCUCCUUCAGGAUUGCCAUAUCUUCAACAUCAGAGGCAACAAGAAUGGAUAUGAUUUUAGUACAUCUUUGUGGUCACCAAUGCACAUAUGGUUUCUAGCUUGUGAACAGUAUUUUGUAUGUACUUUCUGUUCCUACCAACUUCCCUACAGACUUCUACUCCAGUAUGAUGCAAGAUGACAUCAUUGGUUGAGGAUGGGCCAUUAAGAAAUUAAGAGAACUGAGCAUUCUCUUGCAGUUUCCAUUCUUUGACUCCAUUCUGAUUUGAAGAGUUAACAAAAACUAUAAACCUAGGAGUAUACAUAUAUAAGAACAAAAUUUAACAACACUUAUAGGUGUUUAACCAAAGCUACUUCAGAAACACUACCAUAUAAUAAGUCAGUUUUUAAAAUUAACAAGAAGAUUAAAUAAUUUCAAACUCUCCAGUCCUGCACCAAAAUAAUGGAGGAUUCUACUUAUCACCUAUAUGUGUAGAGAAGAGCUAGCAUGAACAGCCCCAAGAAUAGAAAAAACAUCUAAACCAGUAUCUUUAUUUUAAAAUAAGUGUCAAAUGAACACAAUCUUUGAUACUGAAAUUGUAAAUAUUUCAUGUGUGUAUGCACCCAUUCUUGUGUAUGCAGAUAUGCAUGGUAUGCAUGGUUGCCAAAGAACAACCUCAGGAGCCUUCCACCUUUUAUUUGAGACUAGGCCUUUUACUGACAUGGGAAUUUGCCACUUAUGCUAGCCUAGCUUGACACUGGGCUUCCAGGGAUAUCCCUUUCUCUUCUUCCCAUCACCAGAAUCACAGCACCACACUACCAUGUCCAGCAGCAUAAGUGGGUUCUGGGGAGCCAAGCUUAAGUCCUCUAAGUACUUUAGCCACUGAGCCAUAUCCCAAGUUUUGAAAUACUUCACAGACAUAGAAAUGCAAAUAUAGACAGCUAUAGAUACAUAGAUGAAGAUAUAGAGAUAAAGACAAUAUAGAGCUAUAGAUAGAUAUAAAAUAGAGAUAUAGACUGUAGAUAUAUAGGUGGAAAUACAGAUACAUGUAUAUAAGAUAGAUAUAGAUAAUAUAGAGCUAUACACAUAGAGAUGGAGGUAUAUGAUUAUACAUGUACACCAAUGCAAGUGUGCCCUGAGAGAAAAAUAAAACAUACUUAACUAAAAUGUCUACUAUAAACUCUGAAAUGUGUGACCAUCCUACUUCUUCCACAAGUAAACUCACUUUUGUGACCAGUGUAUCAAAUGGCUUUUGCCUCAUCUUGCUUGUGACCUGUCUGUGAAGGUCGUCCUACACUCUGGCAUUUAAGGAAAGAGUAGCUGGAAGAACAUCCUGCUGACUUACAAGUCAGAGUAGACACUGGUCACACAUACCAGGACCAUAUGCCAUCUUACUUCACUACUCUACAUCAAUUAGACUUAAGUUCUCUAAAAAGUAUUAGGUGUGCCCCAAGCUUUGGGCAACAUCAAUCCAUUGGUAUAUACAACUUUUCUUUUUCAUGUUAACUAGAGAACAAAAGACCUAAUAUCCACUAACGUUGAUAACAUAUACUGAUACUAUUAUUUUGCAUGUCUUUAACGUGUGACAGAGGCUUCUCAGAGCCUACACGCUGUAGGAAGACCACUAAUACUGAAUGUUAGACAGUAAACUUUUUACUGAAUUUUCCCUAUGUAUUGUGAAGUGAAAAAAGUCAUUAAUGACGUUGAAAAAAAGGGAAGAGUGAAGAGGGAUGAACUGACAGAACAAAACACAAACCCAGACAGAUGGAGCAACAAUACCAGAGGGGAGAAUAGAUCAUCUUAGUAGAGAACAGACCAGCUCACUGUGAGACUGAAUGAGAGUGAUGAAGAAUGGAGGGCACACACACAAUAAGUAUUAAACAUGUGUAAAGCCAAUAGUUCUGCUUAACAGCUCUCUGAAUGGUUAAGGAAAAAACUAUACAUAAAGAAAAAUAGACAGUUUCUUCACAAAAAAACUAUACUAUUCACAAAAUAAUAUGCUGUUAUAGGUCAUACUGAAUAGUAUUAGGAUCUAAGCAGACUGAAGUGUUAAACUGAUGUCUUAGUUCUUUCUCUAUUGCUAUGAUAAAUAUACCAUGAUCACAACAUCUUAGAAAAGAGACUGCAAUGGCUGGGUGAAGCCAUUGUAACAGGCAUCUGGAACAGCAGCUGGAAACUCACAACUUGGUUCACAAGCAGGAAGCAGACAGUAUGCUGGAAUGGAAUGAAUAUUUCAAAACCAAGCCUACCCCCAGGGGGACACCUUCUGCAACAAGGCCUCAUCCCGUAAUCCUUCCAAAAUAGUUCCAACAUCAGACUAAGUAUUGAAAUAUGUGAGCCUAUGAAGACUACUCUCAUUCAAACCAUCAGAGCUUUCUUCUACCAGCUCCAUCAGUUUCAGCUCAAAAUUUGAUCAUCUGUUGUUGUUACUUAUUCCUCCAUUUUCUCUGUACUAUUGCAUAACAGGAAUAAGGAGAGAAAAUAAUCAAGUGAAAAAAAGGACAGGAAAGUCAGGUUUCCUAACCGGCAUUUAUAACCUCAGUACACAGGAGGAUGAGCUAGGAGAAUCUCAAGUUCAAAGCCACUAAAAUCAGAAGUAUAAACUACAGUAUAAACUACAAUGAGAUGCUAUCACAGACACACACACACACACGCACACACACGCACACACACACACACACAGAGACAGAGACAGAGACAGAGACAGAGAGACAGAGACAGAGACAGAGAGAAUAUAUAGCUAAGCCAAAGUUUGGAAAUACAAUUUUAUCCAAUUGUACCACUGCUCUGCCCUCUCCCCACCCCAUGAAAGGAAAUGCAGAGUGGUCAACAUAUGUUCACAUUCAGAAAUCUCUUUCCAUGCUAUGUGAACUAAGCAACUGGAAGUUUAACAACGUCUUGAUCCUAUUUGUCAAUGUGUUUGUGACCCACUAGUGGUGUGAAGUUGAACUUAGUGAUAGUCCCAACUUUAUCCAUCCUUUUCUACUAACUAUUCUUUUCAUAAAUCAUGAGGCAAUUUAAAAUGGAACAUCUCAGAAUGUGUCACUUAUUUUAAAUUUAGAUGGCUUCCACAAUGUAACUGAAUACAUUUCAGAGAAUACUUACAGAAACUCCCUAAUGUUGCAUGAAAAAUGCAUGUGUCUAUGAUAGUUUUUCUAAAGACAGUGCUCAUGAAUUUAUAGUUUCUUGAAAGGCUUAUGUUCCCGAACUGUUGUGAACAGUAUUAUUCUUCCUCCUGUAAUGUUCAAAGAACAGACCAUUUAAAGAUUUACUAAGGAAGUCAGAGAGAACAGCAAAUAAUUGGGUUGUGCAUCUUCUUGGGGUAGCUGGGAGGUCUGCAUGCUUAACUGCAAAGAGCUGAAGUCACUGUUUUAAGAAACAAACUGUACUCUUUCCUGGCAUAUAUUUUUAUUACAUGGGCUGCUUUGAAAUAAGGGAAAGGUCCAAAUUAGAAAGCUGGGCAAUGGUGGUACAAACCUUUAGUCACAGAACUCCUGAUCUCUAGCCAUGGACACAAAUACAUAUGCGCACACACACGCACAUGCACACACAUGCAUGCGCGCACGCACACACACACACACACACACACACACACACACACACAUACACACACACACGCACA